AUGUCAGGGCCUAAAACUACACAGAAUACGAUUUUCAUUCCGCCAAAUCUUUAUUAUGAAGAUUACUGGCUAAAUACCAACUUUCAGGAUUGGUCUAUUGAGUCGUUCGAUAUAUUUUGGAUCCAACAAAAUCCGAAUCUCCAUCAAAAACUAGAUCUAGCCCAUACUUCGUUAGCUACCGAGUUGAACAUUCUCACUCAAGCUUCUGAUCAAAGGGUGGCAGAAAAAGCAUUGUCGUUACAUAAAUUAUUAAAGUGUAAGAAAUUGUCAGAAAUCAAUGAUAUUAUCUGGGACCGGAGCCAAGAAAUUGCGAAUUCAAAAGUUCGUUUAACGCUAAGUGAACUGCUAGCCAAGACGAAAAUUAAGACAAAUAUUAUCGAUGAAAUCGGAGGUUCAGGAAGCAAAAGUUCUCCUGAUGCAAUAUCAACGGUGCAACCUCAAGAUGAAAAUAAUCGCAACAAGCACGCUAUAAGAGGAGACGGCCAGUCAGAUGAUCUGUUCAAAAAAAUAGACGAAGAUGACGAGGAAUUUCUUGAAAAUGUUGGACUUCUAUUUAAUGAGUCAAAUGAGGAGUCAAUUAUCGAAAAA